GAUUGAUUAAUGCUUUUAUUACCCUCAUUGUUCAUUCAGAAAGUGACGUAGGAAUCGCUCAAGCUUCUUCUAUCUUUAUCAAAACAGUUACAUUUGAAGUAAGGACUACCAACAUUGUUGGAAAUAAGACCACGUCCUUCAUUGCUGUUGAAAGCUCGUUAAAGUUCGCUUUUGGGAAAAGGAUUAAAGUAAAGCAUAAUCAGGUGUGUCUUCUUUUUGACAUGUUCGUCUGUAAACGCCUAGCUUCGUCUCCUUGGAAACGAGCUGUUUCUACGAAUAUCGGUAGAUCUCUAUCUACUGCCCCGAAGGAAUUGAGCCGAGAGGACUCGAAAACUUUGGACCAGGUCAUUCGAGUUGACCAAGCUGGAGAACUCGGUGCAAAUCAGAUUUAUAGAGGACAAAAUUUUGUUCUCCAGUUUACGGAUCCCAAAGUUGCACCCACCAUCCAACAUAUGUGGGAACAAGAAAAGCAUCAUUUGAGAACUUUUGACAACUAUAUCCUCGAAAACCGUGUACGACCAACUCUGCUUCGGCCUUUUUGGGAUGUAGCUGGGUUUGCCUUGGGGGCCGGCACGGCUCUUUUAGGUACAAAAGCCGCAAUGGCAUGCACAGAGGCGGUCGAAACAGUCAUCGGUGGCCAUUAUAAUGACCAGCUUCGUGAUACAGUUCAUUUGAAUGAUGCAGCACCAGAACUGCAAAAGCUCCGCGAUGACUUGGCAGAAUUCCGAGAUGAUGAGCUAGAACACCUCAAUACUGCUGUAGAUGAUUGGAAUGCAAAGGAAGCUCCUGCUCAUGGCCUAUUGAGUAAUGCUAUACAGGUCGGCUGCAAUACAGCCAUUUGGCUAUGCAAACGUUUUUAACUCCUAUGAGAUCAGUGGAUUUUAGUUUAUUUACUAUAACGAAAGAAUAGUAAUCAAGUUUUAUUGUUGUCGGUUACAAAUCCUUUCUUCAAGAUAAGAGUAUUUCCAAAUACAUACAUAAAAUGUCCUCUAGCA